GUAGCACGCGCCGAUAAAAACUCGAGAUAGAGCGGACGAUAAUACGAUAGAGGUGGGCGCGAGCGUUGGAAGGUCGUGCCGAUAGAGAAGUAACGACGACAACGAAAACGACGAUCGUUUCGAGGCGUAUCGUUACGUCACUCGUAAACAACGCGUGCCGCAGAUAUCUACCGACUCUCCGUUUCGUGUUACGUCAUCCUGUCCUUAGAAUCGACGACAACGACGACGAAGACGAAGACGAUGAAGACAGCAACGAGAACAUCGACGAAGAUGAAGAUAUAUUAGACCUGGACGACGACGCCGACGACGACGACAAUGACGAUGACAAAGACGAAGGACGACAGUAAUAACGACUGCGUCGAAUCGAUGAAUUUGCCGAGAGUAACGUCCACCAUUGUUGGGUUAAGUAGCAGCAUGGAGACCUGCGAGAAGGAGAAGCCACUGGUGAAAGACUUGAACGAACAUAUCGUCUGUCCUCUCUGCAGGGGCUACCUCGUUGAUGCCACGACCCUCACGGAAUGUUUGCAUUCCUUUUGCAGAGGCUGCAUAGUGAGACGUCUGAGCAACGGCGCUCGAUUGUGCCCUGUAUGCAACGUGUCGGCAUCGCCGCCUCUUUUACCGGAUCCUCGACUUCAAAGGUUGGUCUAUCUCGUGGUUCCGGGUCUUUUCCGUUCGGAAGUCGAACGCAGGCGACACUUUCGUUUGGUAAACCCGCAAUGUCCGCCAUUACCGUCGCCAUUCGGGGCAUUGGAACUAACAUUGGACGAUUUCGUGAGUCUGAGCCUUCGCGAGUUAACGGACUCGAAGGACGAAGAGACUCGAGGAGAACGAUCGGUUUCUUCGGCCGUAGAGGAGAAGGGUAACGAGGAGACCUCUGUUCGGGAGCCUACAACGAGAUAUCUCAAGUGUCCGGCUGCUGUGACGGUCCGUCAUCUCGUUCGUUUGUUGACUCUUAAAAGAGGUUGGGAAGAGAUGAAUUCCGGAGUUAACACGGCUAACAGGAUAGAGAUGACAUGCGAGGAUUACAACGGAGAUCCUCGCGGUCGCCGGAAGCCGGACGUUUUAGAAAUGUCUUGGACGUUGUUGGACUUGGCUUGCAUCUUCGGAUGGAAGAAGGAAGCACCGUUGAAGCUAUUUUAUCGUAUCGUGCGAAAGGAAGAAACAGCGUCGACUUCGAAGUCUAGCCCGUGUAACGAGGAUACCAACAAGGACGGUCCUACCAUGGAAAAUAUUCAAAGACCGCCAACGCCACCGCCGAGUCCAAAGCCCGUGCAAGAGAACGACGUGGAAUCUCGGCGAACGUUCGGAACUGGGACGGAAGCUCCUCGUGCUUUGGAAACUACGAAGGAGCGAGAAAAAGAGACCAAAUCAAAGAAACCCCGUUGCGAAGUCACUCCCGUGAUGAGAGCGCCGGAUCCCGUUGGCAUCUCCUCGGUCGCGAUGCAGCAGAGCAAUCAUGCUUCGGAGAGUUCAAGGACGAAGGAAUUAGCGAGGCUGGAGCAUCGAAAGCGAAGGAAACGGCGAAACAAACGAGUAAUCGCGGAAAUCACUACUACACCGAGAGAGGAUCUCCUCAAGCUGAAGGUCAGGUUAACUCCUUGUCCCCCGAGAAUUACGUCCAGUAGUAGUAGUGGCCAGGCUAAAGAGAAAUUGCUACAAAUGAGGGCCGUCCGACGAGAGAAGAUCAAGGCGAGCGCGUUGAGUCAACAACGUUCGGUUAAUUUACCUCGGGAAGAGAAUAAUGCUACGGGCAAGGAGUGUCCCGUAGAAUCCGAGGAAACGAUAGAGGAUAUCAUAGAUUGUAUACCGGACGAGGUGGUCAGAGUCGCCCAGAACAUUACCGUUCCGUCGCAGGACGAUAAAUCUUCUCACGACAAGAAAGAUAAUCAGAAGUCUCCGAAGGUGCCGAUUCGUCAGAAAGAGGAGACUCAAGCCGCGGAGACGCGCAAGCCGCCGACCGAGGAGACCGUAACGAGCGCGGAACGUCCGAAGAAGGACGAGGAGAUUCUACGCAGGCUGGGCUUGGUAGCGAUAAACGAAGCAAGCGAGUCUCCGUGCGACAAGACGAAGCAACGCGGUCAGAGUCACAGCGAGAAACCGAACGACUUGGAUCGCGAAAAGUUGGAGAAACAAUUACGGGAGAGCAAGGCGAAUCGCGUUAGGAGUUUACUCGCUGAGAAACAAAUGCGGGACGCAUUGAAAGGUAUAAUGUCCAAGACGAAGGAAGAAGGAAGUUCUUCGACGUCCUCGACGCAACACGGUACAGGUGGUCCCUGCCCCAAAAAGAAGGGUCCACCCCCGUUGGCGCCUUUACGAGUGGUUAAACCUUCCUCCGGAUUCGCCGUAACAAGCACAAUGGUGGAAUCCAACAACCCAAAGUACGAAACUCCGUUAGACCUGAGCAGCGGCGGGACGGUUAACGACAACGUUCUCGAUUUGUCCUCGACAUUGCAGAGUUCCUCCGUAGGUUUUUCAGCGUCAUCGGCUUCCUCCUCGCCGUCUCCCUCUUCCUCAUCCAGUUCUUCUUCCUCGUCGUCGUCGUCUUCUUCCUCUUCUUCGUCCGUCUGUACGCCACCUUCUUUGCCAUUACUUAGACCUCAGCAGACCAGCCUCACGAUGGGUAGCUUCCUUCGCAAGUCCAAGGAGAUGGAACAACGUAAAGGACAAGACACCAAUCUACGAACUCUCUCGGAUGUUGCGGUUUCUCGUCUCAGCGGCUGCAUCAACGACAAGAAUUCCGUCGAGCCUCUCCUACUUGGUUCCACUAGUAUCGCUGCGAGCAAGGUCGCCUUGCGUAUUCCACAACCGCAUCACCGUAUAUCUGGCUAUGGUAUGAAAAACAAGCCGAAUCUUGGUGUACGGCAUAUACCCAAUCCUCAAGCUGUCGUCGCUUCUCAAUACAGAAAUCAAAGAGCCAUUUAUUUCAACAGCCUUUCCCAGCAUCCGCCGUAACGACCGUCUUUCGUGGAUCACGCCACGUAGGCUUCCCGAAGCCGCACCUCCUUCUCAUUCAUCCGCCUAUUCCUCUUGACUAUAUGCGAUAACGUGCAACAACCAAAGGACAUUCCUAUACGAUUUAUCAUUCGCUCAUAUGUACCUAUUUAAAUAUACAUAUAUACACACGCAUCGUACAUACAUAUACAUAUACACACAUAUAUAUAAUAUGUAUAUAUAUGUACACUAUAUACGUCGCCGACGCUUCGAUCGGUGUAUUCUCUGCCACAAUCCCAACUUCCCGAUUUCUUAAUAUCAAAAUACCAAACUCGUAUGCGAUACGGACUGCCAACGUUGGAAGAAUCCAAAAUUCUUCCGGUGAUCGCCUUUCCUGUGUAACGAUGUGUUUCCUAUAUGCUAUAGUACCGUGUAUGCAUGUCAUUGUGAUAAACCGAUAGAAACCGAACGACCGAAUUUAUCCAAAGUACCUAUUUGUCUCUCUCUGUCUCUCUCUCUCUCUCUCUCUCUCUUCCCUCCUCUCCCUCUUUCGAUAUUAUAAAAGAAGAAUUUCUAUGAUGUUUUUAAACGAUAUUCCUUUCCACCACUUAUAUAACAUGCUAAAAUAUCUAUUUGUAUAAGAAACGACGUAUUAAAAAGAAAAAAGUACCCCUAUGUCGAAGAAGUAAGAACGAGGUAUCCUUUCCUGUUAUAGUUAUCGCCGUUUAAAUCAUCGACUGGUCGAACGAACGGUUGAUUCCUUCCUCGUUCUCGUUAUGUGAUAUUAUCUAUUUUCGUUAAACGAUUUUAUUACACCCCGUGCGCGUAAUUAAGCGCGUUCCUGCAUAUCUCUGUCGCUUCGUGAACGGACACGCCAUCGAGAUCUCGCUCGAGAAACCCGUAAUAUACAUAUACGUAGUAUAUGCGUGCGUGUUUAGGUUUGCGAAGAUGACGAAAAGAAAAAAUGUAAGAAGGACGAGCGUCUUUUCUUGUAUGUAUGUAGUUUAUAAGUGGAUGACGAUACGUUUUAAAACGGAACGAUUAAAACAAGAAAUGAAAAAGAAAAAUGUAUGUUUGUAAAACGUGUCUGCGUGUCUAUUGAUUCGAUCAUUUCGUUUUAACAAGGUUAACAUUAUUUUCGCGGUGGAUGACGUUAUUAUUCGAAAAAAAGAAAAGAAAAAAUAAAAAGUGGGAAUUAAAUCUUUUCGUUGGAUACGUACUCGAGAUUAUACGUGACGGUCAACGGAGCAGAUUAUACGGGGAUACAUACAUACGUACAUAUAUAUAUGUGUGUGUAUGUUUGUUUGUGUAUAUAUUAUGCAUAUAUAUAUAUAUACACAGAAACAUAUACACAGAUACAUAUAAACUCAUAUUCAUGCGCGUGUAAAUAAAAGACGCGAAAGAAACGGUGGUUGAACCAAUGGACUUAACCGGAGACAGAUGUGUCGUAUCACCAUUACCGCCCUCGCGUCUUUUUCCCUUUUUCUUUGUUUUUCCUCUUUUUCCUUCUCUUGUUCUCUUUCUUUUUCUUUUUUCUUUUUUUACCAGUACCCUAGCGAAACGUGUAAGUACUUCGUAGAGAUGCCAAAGAAACGAAAGAGAAUGUGUGCAAUGUAUUAGUGCAAUUUAAUUAUUUAAUAUAAUAUAUACAUGAAAAUAAAAAAAAAUCUAUAUAUAUAUAAAUAAAAAAAAAUAUAUAUAUAUAAUCAAAGUAUCACGGUGUAACAGUGAAGUACAUACGUUCAUGAUAAAAGAAAAAGUAGAUAAUAGUCGAGAACAAAGGAUUACGCGAUACAGUAUGUAUAUGUACGAAUGUUCUCGCGUAUCGUCGUACGAAUGAAAAGAAAUUUUUGUAAACCGCAACGCGUCUGUUUUGCGAAACUUAAAUAAAUAAUAGAUUGUAUCGAAGAAAAAAUUUCGUCGAAAGGAGAAUAUUAUUUCUCGCUAUAUACAUCCCUUCAUAGAGAAAAUAAAAAGAAAGAAAAAGAAGAAGAUACAAAAGAAAAGAAAAGAAAAGAAAAGAAAAGAAAAAACAACUCGAUAUAUUGGCUAUAGAAAAUUCUAAAAAUAAACGUACUCCAAUGUCUAUGUCAAUAUCGGUAAUAAAUGGGGUUCGUAGUUCUAGAGAAAAGUGGAAGAAAAAAAGAACGCUACGCUACUACCGAUUGUAUUGUAAUGGAUACGAGUGAAAAAUCUUUUUUUAAUAUAACGAAGAUGUUACGACGAUCGCCAUUAAAUGCUAUAUCAAAAACUGUACGAUCGUGUUUUCGUUGAUCGAAUAAAUGAAUAAAGGUUUAAUUAAUCAAUACAGACGCAAUCGGAGAAGUUUUUGAACAAAAUAGAAACGAAACAGAACAACACCAACACUAAUGACGAUAACAACAAGAACAACACAACAAAACAAAAUAAAACCGGCCUUCCAAUUCCUAUCAGUAACCUCGCAGGUACUUACUUACUUACUUACUUACUUACUUACUUACUUACUUACUUACUUUUACUUAUUUAUUUCGCUCAAGGUGAAUUACACUGCUAAAGCAGAUUGAUAGAAUCGAUGCUACUCUAUACGGUAGUAUCGAAGUAGAAUCAAAGUAUCGAGAACCAGUAUCAAGAAAGUAAGGUGGGUAUAUGUAUACAUACAUAGUAUAUAUAUAUAUGUAUAUAUAUAUAUACAUAUAAGUACUUACGUAUGUUGGAUGCAUAAGAAAGAUGUCUCUUGAAAGGAUCGAAUGUAAAUCGAUAACUCUGAGAGUUAAGAUCAAACGAUCGAACGAUUCAUCGUCAGUCUAAAGUCUAAAGUUGUUUUAACCUACGCGAAUCUACGUCAAAGUUACGUAGGUUAAUCUUACGUAUAAUUCCAUCCAUCCUAUCAUAAUUGCUGAAAUAAUAUACAUAUGUAUGUACGUAUGUAUAUACGUAUAUAUGUAUACGAUAUAAAACGACGAUUUUCAAAGAUCGCUUGAUGUCAAUAGCUGUGUCUGUUCCUAUUUAAAAUAUGUACGUAUGUUUAUAAUUCCGAAAAUUAUUUAUAUAUUAUAUAAUUCAAUACGAUCGUCAGAAAUGAAUCAAUUACAUGUUCGUUAUAUAUAAUUAAAAUCGAUUAAUUAUUGCGAAUGAAAAUGUUGCGUACCAUUUCGUUGAAACGACUAAUCGAAUUAUUUUGCUUUCAAAGCAAUCGUUAUAAACUAAAAGGACCUAAACAUUUUUUAAUAUUAUAUUUGAAUUAAACGCUCGUAUAAUACGGCGGGAUACGUUUCCUUGUUACAAGAGAACAAUCCGCGUUAUGCGAGUCGUAUAAGUUUGUACGAACAUGGAUUAUGUAUUAUGCAUUUGAAAACGUAAUUAUAUAGAAUAUAUAAGUGGUUUAUUAGAUUUAAAGAAAAAAAAAAAAAAAAAGAAA